UAAACCCAUUAGCCAAACAGACCAAAUUUUAGUCCACCCCCGAAAUCACAAAACCCUAGCAAUCCCAAUCUCUCCCACUCUUCGCUUAUAAAACCAACGUCUCCAGCUACAAUCCGCAGCUCGCCGGCUCAGCAAAAACCCUAUACACUGAGGUAAGUGAAUAUGGCGGUGCCGUUGCUGAAGAAGUCGAUCGUGAAGAAGCGGGUCAAGCACUUCAAGAGGCCCCAGAGCGACCGCAAGGCCUCCGUCAAGCCCAGCUGGAGAAGACCAAAGGGUAUUGAUUCUCGUGUUAGAAGAAAGUUCAAGGGAUGUGUUCUCAUGCCCAACAUUGGUUAUGGGUCAGACAAGAAGACUCGCCAUUAUCUUCCCAAUCAUUUCAAGAAGUUUGUUGUGCACAACGUCAAAGAGCUUGAACUGCUGAUGAUGCACAACAGGACCUACUGCGCUGAGAUUGCACACAAUGUUUCCACAAGGAAGAGGAAAGAAAUUGUUGAGAGAGCCGCGCAGCUUGAUGUUGUUGUCACGAACAAGCUGGCCAGGUUGCGCAGCCAGGAAGAUGAAUGAGCUCGUCUCUAACCUACAUUUUGUAGUGAGCAUUAUUUUUUGGCACAAUGAUGAGUUGUAAUCUUGAUACUUUAAACACCGAGAGUCGGAUUUUUAUCUGUUACAAUGUGAGCAAUUGAACAUGGGGUUUUAUUUUUGAUCGUGAUUCUGUUAUGUUAGAACUAUGUUCAUUUCAAA